GAGUUCAGUGAAAGAGAUGUGGAGUGGAUGUUGGUAAUGUAGCUGCUUAUUCCGACAGUUUUGAUGUUAUCUUCGUUUGACUGUCGCCUAACCCGCAAUUCUUCCUUUAUUCACUUCGAAAUUGCACUUAAAUUUACUUUGACUUCGUUUACACAUCCAGUAAGAGACUCAGCGAUGAACUCUGGACGCGACCGAGAACAUUUCACUUGAACGCUUUGAUCAUUUCCAACGAUGGACAAGCAAAAAGUGCUGGCUCAGCUGGUUUCGGACCUGCAGGCGUUCUUGCUGGUUCUGGACAGUGAGAAUCUCAGUUAUAUUGCUCAGGCCCAGAAAAAAUCCAUCUCAGAGCUGCUAUAUAAACUACAGGACAAUAAGGACACACCAGCAGAGGAUGCAGAGUACAUGAUUAUGAACUGUCCCUCUGGAGGCCCCAGUGAUCUCAGGGAAAGCACCACUGCUGAGGCUCAUUCGAUGGAGGAACCCAUUUCAGUCACCUCUACUGAACUACUGCAGCAAGGGUCUAUAAUUUCUGCUGUCCCCCAACACCCCCCGUGUUUAGAGGAGGAAGACUGUUACGAGGAGGCAGAACCGUUUGUCCCGGCCAGUCAAAAUACAGAUAAAGUGGACUCAGACAGCAGUCACUAUGAGUCGUAUGGUGAAGAGGAGGAAGAGUUUGUGAAGGACAGAGCUCACUACAUCCAGUGGAGUUCUUCUCAACCCUGCUUAAGACCCAUGCCAGAGUCACGCAUUUGCGGAUACCUUUGGAGGAAGAAGUGGUUGGGUCAGUGGACCCGCCAGCUGUUCAUUAUUAAGCAUGACUCACUACUGUGUUUUAAGUGUGCUAAAGACUUACACCCUCUGCUGGAGCUGAACCUCACGGGUUGCUACGUGGUCUACAAAUCUAAACACAGCAAAAAGAUGCAGCACGAGCUGAAGGUGGUGGCCGGUGCCGAAACAGUCAACUUGGGCUUCCAGAGCAGCACGCAGGCCGAAGAGUGGAGGAAGAUUAUAGAAGAAGUGAGCGGCUCCUCUUAUUACGAGCCUGAAUCCCAAAGCUCCUCAUCCAUCCUGAGGAGUGAGAGGCUGGACUCUUGCAGGUCAAGUACUGUCCUCCAUACAGACUCGGAUGAAGAGAAAAUCUCAAGUCUUCCGUCUGCAAUUAGCAGUGUGGAGAUUAAAGACAAAGACAGAGCGGCCUUCUUGAACGUGCUGAUGAACUGUCAGUGGCAGAGUCUGUGGUGUCGCGUGGAGGACGGGGUUCUGAAGAUGUAUCGAGAUGAGGAGUCAGAAGAGACCCCUCAGUACACGGUUCAGCUCAAAGGGAGUGAGGUCCGUCCCGGCCCGGAUACUGCACAUGCUUACCGCAUUACUAUCACACAGCACGGAGACCAGAUGGCUGUACUAGAGGCAAAUUGUGCAGAUGACAAAGAGCAGUGGGUUCAGCUACUGCAGGAUGGGAUUUCCACUGUAGCUGGUUCUACAUAUAUACACACCAGCCACGAGUCACUGAGUGGUCUGAAAAGCCGCAAGUUCCCCACCUCAAACAUGUACAUGGAUGACCCCUUUCAGCAGCUGUGUGGUGGAAUGCACUCUCAGCCCAUCUAUUCAAACUCAUCCAUUCUGGAACACAUGUUUCAGAAACCCUACACUAGUGGAAAUGGAGAAUUGGUGUCAUCCAAGGAUUCUGCCAACUACAGCAAUAAUGAAAUCUUAAGCAACCACAGUACAAAAGUGUUUGAGAAUGAAAGGGGUGUGCAGAAGCUGGACCUGACAGGAAAGAGUCGUGUGCAGUUACGAACAGGGUCAGAGAUCAACCUCGUGAGCGUAGGGACGAAGCCAGCUAAACGGAAUUCCUUCAGACGGUCCCUUGCUUUCUGCACUGAACGAGCACAGGGGGGCUUUCUGACCCCACUCUUGAGGAGAACUGCCUCAGCAAAAAGCACCCUAAAGAAAGCUCCAUCUGCCCUGUUUAUCGAGCAUGGCAAGGUCUUCCAGAGGAGGAAGGAGUGGGAAACCAAAGCUUCAGGUUAAAGAGAAGACUCUCCCACAUUCCCUUCAUAUUGUCAGUAUAUUGCACUGAAAAUAAUAUUCUUUCCAAGCAUGUGGAUCAUGCAGUGGUUUGGAUUUUUAAAGUUCAUUGUUAUUUUUUGGGGUCCUUGGUACUGUUAGGAAAAUAACAACGCAUUCUCACCCCAAUGCGUCACCUUUGACCAUGCUUCAAUAUUUGAUGUUUUAGGCGCCCUUUAGCG